CUGGGCGGUGGUUGGCGUGCAAAACCCGAAGAACACGGAGAAAGAAUCAGUUUGACAUUCGAUCAACCACCUAAAUAAAUAUCAACAUCCAGCCUGGGAACCGCCUACUCUUUGCUCUCUCUCUCCAACCCCCUCGCAUCCAACUCAACCUGUGCCAUUAUCAUUACCUACCUUUACUUUAAUUACCCCGUAUACACGCCCUCCCUUCCACCAUGUUCCGUUCCGCCAUAGCCCGGUCGCUGCGCGCUGCCUCUUCCGUUCCUCGCACCAUCAGACCCUCCGGAGCCUCUUUCCAGGUUUCCAGGAGCCCGCUCUCUGCCGCCCGCGCAACCCAGUUCCAAUUCUCCCCAUGCUUUACCUGCCAGGCCAUCAGAUCAUACUCUGCGCCUGCUGGCCUAACGCAGUCUGAGAUUGAGGGCAGAAUAGUCGAUCUGCUGAAGAACUUUGACAAGGUUUCGGAUCCAUCCAAGAUCACGAGCACCUCGCACUUCUCAAAUGAUUUGGGAUUGGACAGCUUGGACACCGUCGAGGUUGUGAUGGCCAUUGAGGAGGAAUUCAGCAUCGAAAUUCCAGAUAAGGAAGCCGAUGCCAUUCACAGCAUUGACCAAGCUGUUAGCUAUAUCCAGUCUCAACCUGAUGCCCACUAAACGUAUACACCCCCAAUGAUCAGCGAGAGGAUGGAGCGACUCUAGAUAUGCUUGCAGCGCCGUGGAUCUAUAUAGUAUCGUUGCACUCAGCGCUGGGGGAGGGGAUGCAAGCAGUAUUCUAAGGGAGGAGGGUGUGCGAUUCCAUCUAUUAAAAAAAGAAGAGGGAAACCCGUUACGUUUCCUGUUCCCAUUCCUCAUUUGCCAUAUCGUGUACUGUACAUCAAUCAUCACUUUUUUUUAUUCUGUCUCUUUUUUCUUUCUCCUUCUUUGCCGGCCUAUAAUUGUAUGGAAUUCUGUGUGAAAAGCUAGAAGCGCCCCCCGCCUGCGCCAAGAGUGUAUGUAUUCGUGUAAAAAAAAAAAAAAAAGGAUUGUAAAAAGAAGAAACGAAACGGAACUGAACCACCUACCACCCAUUAUAAAAUAGAAAAAAUAUAUCAGCAGCGCUCGGCAUCAAUACUCGCCUUCCCAAAGCAACGAUAGUGGUUAAUCACUAAAUGAAAAUAGAACGCCUUUAGAAUAGCAAUGCCGAUAUAUAGCCGCUGCGAGGACAGAUCUACUUCAGUAAUUCUCCUCAUGAGUGCUUCCACCCCCGAUGGGAUUGAGAGAUUGAUGAAGCAGCUACAUCGCGUCAACCAACUUCACCAAUAUGUUCGUUUCAUGGCUCAUGCGGUAUUGAGCAGUCUGCAACUUUGACUUCAGAUAUAGAUAGAUGGAUGUGGAGAUGAUACAUAUAUUGUAUAUAUAUGUAUAUGUAUAAUAGGUCAACUGGUCGGCGAAAAACUGGUAUACCAGAUCUAUUUUAGUGAAAGAAACUUGGAUA